GCGCGUUUUUCACGUUCUCCAGUGUGUGUUUAAGCGUAUGAAGGUUGAACUGUCAACUAACUAUAAACGAAUAUUCAAAAUAGUUACUGAAUACAUUUUGUCAGUACUUCAUGUUUGUCCACAUGCCUUUAUAAUAAAGCAUAUAUUUUUGGACCUCGGCUGCUGCUUUCAGGGUUUUUGAAGGGUGAAGAUGGCUGGUCUGUCUAGCUAUGCCCUGCGUAUGGCCCGUCUGAGCAGCCGGAUAUUUGGAGAUGUGGCCCGUCACACAGACUCCAAAUCUAUGAAAGUGGUAGAGUUGUUUAAAGAACCCCCGCUGGCCCAGAGAAAAGAAGUGUACGACUGGUACCCCCCACACAAGAUCUACUAUUCAAUGACCCAGAAGCUCAGAUUCAUGGGGCUUUUCAGGGAUGAGCACCAGGAUUUCAAGGAGGAAAUGAGGCGCUUGAGGAAACUGCGGGGUAAAGGAAAACCUAAGAAGGGAGAAGGGAAGAGAGCCACAAAGAAGAAGUAGACCAUCGCAUUUCAUCUACUAUUUAUGAAAGGACAUUAUGAAUGGAGAAUCCGGUGAAGAAGCUGAAACUGUAUGAACAACAGGACGUUUAUGACUGCGGUGACAUGUUCUAUUAGCAGAGAUGAUGGUGAAACAAAAACACAAUUGCUGAAUACAUUUUUGGUGUCUCUUAAGGAAAUUAAAUGUUCAUUUUUGCAUUUAUCAAUACCUUGACAUGUUUGUUUGCUUUUUAAAAGAGUUGUGCCAGUUUGCAACGUUGGGACAUCCUCACCAACACCUCUUAUGUUUGUUUUCCUAAGAAUACAGUGAAGGUGCCCAUAAACCUUUAGGCCAAAGCUUGGGCUACAUACAAAAAAAAAAAAAAAAUUCAAUUGUUACAUUUGUGCCAACAAAUCAAUACACCAUAUAUUGCAUUGGACCCGUAAUGGAAAUAUGUCAGUCAGGAACAUGUUCGAAAUUAUGCAUUUGUGUUAAAAGUUGUGAUUGUGGGACCCAUACCUUGUCAUCUGAUUAAAAUAUAUGAAAAGUA